ACCCCCCGGCGUCAACCUACAAAGCCGCUGCCCAUGCCUGCCGAUGUUCACCUUCGCUGUAUGGUGCCGCCGUACAGCCAGAUGCUUCUCGAUCGCUCCCGCCCGUGACAUUACGCAACGAUACCCCGCGAACCCGGCCUAUAUACUCUAUUGCUCUUGCAAGCCCAUACCGCGUACCUCAGCAAGGCAAUGUCGUUCUUCAGUAAACGAACGCACACGAGGAGCAACCCCGACGUGAGGCUCCUCUCGAUCGUAACGGGAAUCUACGCGGAUAACAACGGGCCGGACGAAGCGGUCCGGUUUUUGGAAACUUUCAGCGGCAGAAGCGGCACGCGGCCCGACACACACUGCUACAACCAGAUCUUAGCCCACUGCGCGCGGACAAAGAACGUAGCAGCAUUCCAUGGAGUGGUGCAGCGCAUGCAUCACGCCGGCAUGAACCCGAAUGUAUUCACGUACCUACACACGAUGCAGAUUUAUGUCGAGACCGGGGACGGCGCGAAAGCAAUGGAGGUGUGGGAUCAAGCGAGGCGGAUGGGAUUGACGCCGCGGCGGCAGAUGGACCGGUUGCUUGUGUCGGCGUACUUCUUGGAAGGGGAUGUGAAGGGCGCAAGGAGGGUGUUGCGGGAGGCUGCCCCAUCUCAGCGGAUGUACACGGUGGUGAUACAGGGGCUUUUGCGCUCUGGACUGGAUGAGGAGGCGUUCGAGGUCUAUGAUCAGAUGAUCGAACACGGAUUCGAGCCCAACGCGGUCACGUACACGAUGCUGAUGGAUAUCUACGCCAAACGCGGCGAUGAGGACAUGGUCACAAAGUACUUUGACGAGAUGGUCACCAGCGGACACCAGCCCGACGCCCAUACCUACGGCGUGCUGAUAUGGACGGCGUUAAGGGUGCAGAGGUCGUAUGAUGUCGUUCUCCAACAUCUCCGCGCGAUGCAUGCAGCCGACAUUCCCCUCAACAAAGUCAUCAUGGCCACCAUCAUCGACGGCCUCUGCAGGCUGGGAAUGACCGACGAAGCCCAUACCCUCCUCCACGCAAUGGACCCCCACCUCAAAUCCCCCUUGGCAACCACAUCCUACAUCCACGCAACCCUCAAAUCCUACCACCUCACACCUACCGAAAUCCGCCACCUCAUUUCCACCCUCCCGGACACACCCACAACCCUACAAAUGGACGUCGUAACCUAUACAGUCCUCAUCACCGCCCACACCCGAACCCGUCAACACCUCCCCUUUGCAACCGUCCUCCUCAACGAAAUGCUCGCACGGAACAUUCAGCCGGACGCAGCAAUAUUCAACGCCCUCAUCGCCGCCCACGCACGGCACGGCACCACCGAAUCCACCCUCGCCGUGCUUACGCAGAUGGAAGAAUACGCCGUCCGACCCACCGUGGAGACGUUCACGACCCUCGUGUGGAUGUACAACCGCAACGCCUGGUCUACACCCACCGAUCUCACCAACCUCGACACGGCACUCACCAACAUCCGCACCUGCCUAACCUCCCACUCCCCGCGCGUCUCACCCGACCUCCGCCUCUUCACGACCCUCGCCCGCGCCUACGCCCGCCGCAAAGACGGCCCCACCCUCCGGCGGCUCAUCGGUGAGAUGACACAUCUGGGGAUAGAGGCGGAUGAGGGGAUGUGGAGGUUGUUGUUGAUGGCGAAGAGUGGAGUACGAUUUAGGUCCGUUCUGGAUACCGAGACUCGAUUGUGGACAUUUGCAUCAUCGCCUGGUGGAGUACGACCUGGUUUUCAAGAUACUCGGCUGUGGACGUUAUCGCGGGAAUGCAUUCACACAUUCAUCAGCGGGUCACGCCGGAUCGUGCCUCAACCCUCACGUCACACUCGAAAACCCCAUUUCGUACCCAUCGCCCAACCGGGAUCCGAGUCGGUAUAAGACCACGCCCCCAGAUGUCCUGUAGAUAGACCGCGCCUCAGAUCCCCUCCACCCCCCGAAUCCGCAACCAUGGCGUCCCCGUUCAUCUCCCGCCCCCCGACAUCGGCCGCUUCCCAUCACCCCCAGUCGAACACAAACCACCGACCGAGCGAUGGCGAGAUACAUCCCCCGCCUCCUGCGAUAUCCGUAUAUGUGCAUGUAUAAUGUAUAUGGCCUGGCGAAACGCGGUGGGAAAGUGAGAUUGGGUUGUUGGGAGUUUCGGCAGGAACUG